AGAUCCACUCAAAGAAGAGGGAGAGAGGAGUUUGGGAACAUUGGCUUGGAAGGUGGAAGGAAGCAUGAGAUCGACAGUAGGUGACAGGAAAGGGGUUCUUUGAAGCCGAAAGGAAAAGCGGAAGGUUUGGGGGAAACUGGAUUGCCGCUGCUGUCCACUGGGGUGCACCUGGGCACGAGCUGCAAAGGGAGGCCCUUUGGGGUCUGGAGCAUGGGACAGACGUUCCCUCUAGAGACUGCACCUCAAAACUCCUGCGCACACUUAGAUGAUGAAGGUGACCACCAGCACAGCAGCACGGGGAGCGAAGGGGGCACGGCAGGGGACGCCACCCCUCCUCCCAAGCGCAAGGGCAAGUUCUCUACCCUGGGUAAGAUCUUCAAACCCUGGAAGUGGAGGAAGAAGAAAAGCAGCGAGAAGUUUAAGGAAACUUCAGAAGUUUUGGAAAGAAAGAUGUCGAUGAGGAGGCCAAGACAGGAACUGAUCGAGCAGGGAGUGCUCAAGGAGCUUCCUGACAAUGGUAGGAGAGAGAAGAGAGUGUGUGUGCGUCUGUACUUUCUUAACCAUAUUUUGUACCAAGAAGUUUGUACCCUGAAGCGAAACCUGGCAAAAGCUCUGUUUGGGGAUAAUAAAAGGAGAAAGAUGACGUCACUGUCUCCUGCUGGAUUCUUCUGUGUGUGCGCUCCUGUUCACAGAAACACUCAGGAAUCAGACAGCAGUCAAUACGUUUCUAACUCAGAGGUUUUGAGGGACACACUGCGAGAGCCUCUGCCCCCCAAGCAGUCCGUCAUGCCCCCCAAAUGGCUGAUGACUUCCACCCCGGAACCUGGUGCUGACAGCUUGCCCCGCACCCCUGUCCACAACCCCGCAGCUGCUUUCUCUUCUUCCUCUGCCUCCUCCAACUCCUCCUCCUCCUCAGCUGUCAGCACGGCUGGAAAACCACUACGAAACGUAUCCUCGGCAGGCGCCAACACACAGGCCUCCAGCAGAGCUCCCCUUACCACCUCUUCAGCACCAUCCUCUAUGGGCAAUGUCCCAGCCCAGCCAACCAAACAGCCCCCUCUCCCUCCACCCAAGCCAAUCAACCGUAGCAACAACCCCACCAUGUUGGCUGAACUCACACAAGGAGGUGUCAACCUAGUACCGGCCAAGCCCUCGCCCCCUAUGCCCCCCAAAAGAACCACACCUGUCACCAAACGCAAUGCAGAGGACUCCCCUCUGACCAUUUCCUCCCUUCCCUCCAUUCUGUCCGAGGACAUGAGGGCCAACAUCCCCGGGGGCUACCAGCUGCCCCCGCCUCCCCCAUCCCUUUGUUUACUAUUUCUGGUUCACUUGCAAAAUGGGCAGCCUGAACUCGCACAAGGAGGCACCAACCUAGUACUGGCCAAGCCCUCGCCCCCCAUGCCCCCCAAAAGAACCACACCUGUCACCAAACGCAAUGCAGAGGACUCCCCUCUGACCAUUUCCUCCCUUCCCUCCAUUCUGUCCGAGGACAUGAGGGCCAACAUCCCCGGGGGCUACCAGCUGCCCCCGCCUCCCCCAUCCCCACCUCUCCCCACACACAUCCCCCCUUCCCCACCACGGGCCCACACCCAUCAUCUCCUCCACCAACACUCCUACCCCUACCCCCUGCCCCAGCCACUUCCUGUCCACUUUGACCCUCCCAGCCCUCCAGAGGAACCACCAGCCCGACAAGCCCCUGUUCCCUUACACAUCAUGAUCCAGAGGGCGCUCAGUAGCCCAGGACCCGCUCUCCCACACCCAGAUGGCUCCCAGCGUGCCCACUCACUUCUGUUUGAGACGCCACCAGAGUACCAGGUCAGCCGCCCACUGCCAGUCACCAUCCAGCCUCUCAAACUGGAUGAAGAUGAUUACUCUGAUGAAGAGGAGGAGGAAGAAGAGGACGAUGACGACGACGAUGAGGAACCUCCACCUGAUCACCUCCCAUCCCCUCAGUCCCAGCCAGAACUUGAGCCUCGUAGCCGCAGAUGCCUGGUGGGGGAUCUGAGCAUCAGCAUCAUCCCUGAAGGAAACAACAGCAGCGAGGAGGAGGAAGAUGAGGAAGAUCAACAGCCGGAGGAGAGCGACUCGGAUGGGCCCGUGCUGUACAAGGACGAUGAUUCAGAUGAAGACGAGGAUGACGACAGCCCACCAAGUGCUCUGGCCAGCAGGGUGAAAAGGAAGGACACGUUGGCGCUGAAGUUGAGCAGUCGGCCCUCUGCCCCAGACAGGCAGGCUCCUGAGAGGCAGGCCAGAGUAGAACACACGGGUCUGUCGUGGCAGAGCAAGGAGCAGUGGGAGGCCAUCCGCACACAGAUUGGUACCGCACUCACACGGCGAUUGAGCCAGAGACCUACUGCUGAGGAGUUGGAACAGAGAAACAUUCUCCAGCCCAAAAAUGAAGCAGACAGACAAGCAGAGGUCAGGGAGAUCAAGCGCAGACUCACCAGAAAGUUGAGUCAACGACCGACUGUUGCCGAACUACAGGCUAGAAAAAUAUUACGUUUCCACGAGUACGUGGAGGUCACAUGCGCUCAGGACUACGACCGCCGUGCUGACAAGCCAUGGACCAAACUCACUCCCGCAGACAAGGCUGCUAUUCGUAAAGAGCUCAACGAGUUUAAGAGCUCCGAGAUGGAAGUGCAUGAGGAAAGCAGAAUUUACACAAGAUUCCAUCGUCCUUAACAGUGUCUUUUAACUGGAAAAUGAAGCACUUAAAGGCCGGUGGAUAUUGGGAAGAAAUGGCUGUUUUUUGGGUGAGGAGCCUCAGGGUGUCAAGAGCUCCUUCAGACUGCUUUUACUAUGAAUGUACUUCUUCAGAUGCACAGGGACGCCUGGAGCAUUCAGAAACCAAUCAAAACAAACCGUUUCUCAGUUGUCCACCCACUGACGUGUGGGACGGGUGACCCCUGGGGGACAGAUGCAGUAUUUCUCCUGGACUUUAGGGGACCCAUGUGCCAAGACAGAGAGGCGAUGAAGGACUUAUUAGAGGAUGUUACUUGUGCCAAUGGCAGAUAUUCCUCUCUCUACUCUCUGAAUGGCCUUUUUUCUGCUUUUACUUCGUAUGAUAAACGUUAUUUCCUUUCAGGGAAGUGUAACAAAGUUAAAAAUAAUAGUAAUAAUAAUGAUGUGACAAUAAUAAAUACAGUAAUACUACAGUAAGUGUUAGUUACUGAGCAUAGCAGGGCAGACAGAAGAACUGCAAGAGUAAGGCCUGAGCCUGAAUGAUAAUUGUGUAUUUGUGUAUGUUUGUAUAGGCUGCUGUAAUUUUUCGCUUAGUUUGACUCUUUGGAACGUUCAUAAUGUUAGAAACUUUAAGGCACAAGUUUUUUUUUAUUCAUAACUUUGGCUUUGGCCCACUUUAUUCAAGACAGGGUUUCAGAUUACCCCUUAAUUUGUGGUCCUCACUGUUUGAGAGAGGAAUAGAAGAAAAUAGGAUCAGUUUUAGGUAGAAUGUAAGCAUUUCAUAUUUCACUAUUGAUCUACAGCAAAACUGUGAUCUUUUUUUUUUUUUUUUUUUAUCAUAUCGCCUUCUGUAAAAGUGAGGUCCAGCUGUUUCAGUUUUAAGAAGUGUUCAAGUCGUGUUUACAGAAUAUUUUAUUUCUAAAUAAAUAAAAGGAUUUCCUGAUUAUUUAUUGCCCAUUUAAAAGGAGAAUGAGUUUAGUCCGGACACGUACUGAUACAGCUCUAGAAAUGACAUUUUUGUGAAGGUAGGGAGGUUAUUGUGGCAGGAACUCUUCUUCAUUUUUUCCAAUUAUUUUGUCAUUUAUGUUGGGGGUUUUUUUUGGCCAGUAGGAUAAUAGGAAUUGCUCUGCUGUACAGAUCCAUUCUGUAGAUGAACCUGACUGUUUGUGUAUAUCUUGUCUUCCUUUUAUUUUGAAAAAUAUUUUAAAUAUAUUGAAACUCAUAUAGGUUACUAUUUUUUUAAGCACAGAAUUAUUAGUGUAUUAUUCGACACUACAAUGUAAUGUAGCGUUGUAUAUUCUUGCUUUUUAAUUAUGUGUGAACUUUUAGAAACUGACAAUAAAUUUGCUGUUUAGAUGUAAACACCUCUAAAUCUAAAUUAAAAUGCUUAACGAUAA